AUGUCGGCUACGGAGGGGAAAAAGGUUAAAUCUGACAAAGAAAAGGAAGAGUUUGAAAAACAAAUUAAGGACAUGUUUAAGCUUUUUGACAAAAAUGGAGACAAUAAUAUUUCUACGGCUGAGAUGGGGAAAGUUUUACGGACAAUGGGAUUUCAAAUGACUAAUAAGGAAAUUAGAGCAGCAGUAAAACAGAUCGACACGAAUGGGAACGGAACUAUUGAAUAUGGAGAAUUUAGAAGUUUCCUUGUUAAACAGUUUAAAAAUUCCAAAUCCGAAGAGGAUUCUCGUCAAGAAAUUCGCCAGGCCUUCCGGAUAUUCGACAGGGACGGCAACGGUUAUAUAGAAAAACCGGAAUUAAGACGGGCCAUGAAGACAAUGGGAGAACCACUUACAGAAACGGAACUCGACAUAAUGAUGAAGGACGCAGAUAAAAAUAAAGACGGAAAAAUUGAUUAUGAAGAAUUUGUGAUUUUAUGGACAAGCAAGACAAAAGAACUGAAAGAACAAUCGAAAAAGGUGGGAAAAUGAAAUCACUGUUACAGUGGAAAAACAACUGUUGUCUUGUGUUUGUGUUGUGUCCGUAUCCAUGCAUACUCUUAAUUAUUUUGUUACAUGCAGUUUAUAAUGUAAAUAAAAUA